AGUAAGAAAUUGUAAGUUAACGUGAAAAAUUAAAAUUUGUUAGUAAAAUUAAAGAAAGAUAAAAAAUGUUCACUGUACGAGGGCCAACAACAAGAAGCGCUACAUUAGCUAGAGAAGAAUUUGAAAGUAUUCGAGAUGAAAUGUAUAACAUAAUGCAAACAGUAAUGAAUAGUGGAAUUGCUCGUGAAAAUGACAAAUGUGCAUUUUUGCAAAUUAACAAUGAAGAUUGCAUCAUAUUUGAAUGGGUGAACGGUUUGAAUCACCUCCUUUACAAAAGAGUAAUAUUAACCGCAGAUAUGAAGCCUCGCAUAGAAUUCAAUGGUCAGACAAAUGAUUACUAUUGUUAUUUAAAUAAGAGAAUAACUAAGGAAGAGCUUGAAAAUCUGUUGCUUCAUGUUGCUUUUAAAAGUGAGGAAAAAUUGAAAAAACUGUUGAAAUGCGUUCCAAACGCACAAGAAUCGAUUAUUGAAAUUUCUGACGAUGAAAUGGAUGGCCAACCCAUACCAAUUGUACAGCCAGCUUUUGAAAUUGUUGAAAUUUAUGACGAUGAAAUAGAUGGACACACGGCUGGCUACGAUGUCCAAAAUAUGAUCGAUGAAAUAUCAAAUCUGAAUGCAGAACUUUCGAAUUUCGCAGUAGAUCAUUUUAUUGAUGUGUUAGUUAAAAAACAAUUUCCGAAUUGGAAUAUGCAACCAACUGCUUAUGCGCAAGCAAUCGAUCGUUAUAAGGCCGUACCCAUUGAUCGCAAUGAUAUUCAAAUAAUUUUGUGUUUUCAUCCUCGACAUUAUAUUGUCAGUCAUUAUGUGGCCAGAAGGAAUAGAGUGUUCAUCUAUGAUUCGCUUUAUAAACGUGGAAAAACUCUUAAUCAUCAACAAAUUGACAUUCUUCAACGAAUUUAUCCGGGCAAAAGCUACCAGUUUGUAAAACCAGCAACAAUCCAACCUGACUACGUUUCUUGUGGAGUUUUUGCCAUCGCAAACGUCACCACGUUAUUACAUCAUCUCGAUCCACAAACAUAUGCAUACGGAGACAGACACAAUGACCCAAAUUUAGCGAGAAAAAUGCGACAACACCUUUUAUAUAUGUACGAAAAUGAAACGAUUGAUUUAUUUCCAUCAUACACAGAUUAA